CAUACAACAAUCUCCCUAUGUAUUUGGGUGUCGUGGUGGGAACUCAAGAAAAAUCUUUGUGCACAUGACAACACAUGCCUCAUCGGUGGCAUUUCGCGGCCUAGGAGAGGAGAGGAGACUAGCUAGGGAUGGGUAAUGGCUUAUUUUCUCACGCACUCUUAACUGGUUUCUUCCGGGAAAACUGAAGUGGCCCUCAGAUAUUUUCUGUGAAAGCUCCAUUUUCCCGGAAAAUCAAGGAGUUUUUAAAGUUGUGGGAACUGGGAAGGGUAACUUUCGUUCCAGUUGGGAAGGGAAAAUCAGAAAUGGAGAGACAGAUUGGGGAAUUAGUGGAAGUGAUUGAGGCGGUGGGAGCUUUUGGGGGUUACAGGAAAACCCAGAGGAAGGAGUGUUUGAACUUGGUGAGGAGAUUGAAGCUGUUGAUUCCUCUUUUGGAGGAGAUGAGGGAGGCUGACGGGCAGAUCCCAGCUGCUGCAUUGGGUAAUUUGAAGAGGGCACUUCAGUCUGUGAAGAAAUUGUUGAAGCAGUGUAGUUAUGGAAGCAAGAUUUACCUGGCAUUGGAGAGUGAAGCUGUUAUGAUUAGAUUUCAUGCUGUUUAUGACAAGUUGAAUCAGGCCCUGGAUGAUAUCCCCUAUGAUGAGAUUGGGAUCUCAGUUGAAGUGAAAGAGCAAGUUGAUCUAAUGCGAAUGCAGUUCAGAAGAGCAAGGAGACGAACAGAUACACAGGAUAUAGAGCUUGCAAUGGACAUGAUGGUUGUAUUGUCCAAAACGGAUGAUAGAAAUGCAGACAGUGCAAUACUAGAAAGACUAGCAACCAAACUGGAUCUUCACACCGUUGCAGACCUGAAUGCUGAGACACUAGCUGUCACAAAACUUGUUAAACGGAAGGGCAGGAAAACAACAGAAAGCAUCCGACAAGUCAUAGAUCUAUUAAGAAAAUUCAAACAAUUUGUUGGAAUCGAUGGAGCCAAAGUGCCUGAUGCUCCUGUUGCAUCCAGAAGUCUGGAAAAGUGCCCGUCCUUAAUAAUUCCUCACGAGUUCCUCUGCCCAAUCACGUUGGAGAUCAUGACAGAUCCUGUAAUCAUAGCAACUGGGCAGACUUAUGAAAGAGAGAGCAUACAGAAGUGGCUUGACUCGAAUCGUCGUACAUGUCCAAAGACUGGGCAAACCUUGAGUCACUUGUCACUAGCACCAAACUAUGCCCUCCGCAACCUUAUUCUGCAGUGGUGCGAGAGAAACAACUUCAAACUGCCAAAGAAGAAUGUCCAUUCUGGAUCAAACAGCUCCACAGCUGAACUAAUGGAGGAGAUCUCUUCCUUGGUUCAAAACCUAUCUUCCUGUCAGCUGGAUGUGCAGAGAAAGGCCAUUGUGAAGAUCCGUAUGCUCUCAAAAGAGAAUCCUGAGAACAGAAUUUUGAUUGCUAACAGCGGAGGAAUCCCUCCUUUGGUUCAUCUCCUGCCCUAUCCCGAUUUAAAGAUACAAGAACAAACCGUGACGGCCCUUUUGAACUUGUCAAUUGACGAGGCAAAUAAGAGGCUCAUAGCCAGAGAAGGAGCCAUUCCUGCUAUAGUUGAGAUAUUGCAGAAUGGAACUAAUGCAGCAAGAGAGAACUCAGCUGCGGCCUUAUUCAGCCUAUCUAUGCUUGAUGAAAACAAAGUACUAGUAGCCUCUUUAAAUGGGAUCCCUGCUUUGGUAAAUCUCUUGCAGAAUGGUACUAAUAGAGGCAAAAAAGAUGCUGCCACUGCCCUCUUCAACUUGUCUCUCAACCAAACCAACAAAACCAGAGCCAUUAAGGCUGGCAUUAUACUUCCACUGCUUCAUUUGCUAGAGGAUAAGAACUUGGGCAUGGUUGACGAGGCACUCUCAAUCUUGUUACUUUUAGUUUCACAUCCCGAAGGAAGGAAAGAGAUUGGACAGCUCUCAUUCAUCGAAACCCUGGUCGAAAUCAUAAAAAACGGGACACCCAAGAACAAAGAGUGUGCUACAUCAGUUCUUCUCGAACUGGGGUUGCAUAAUUCUUCAUUCAUUUUGGCUGCACUACAAUUUGGUGUGUAUGAAUAUCUGGUAGAUAUUGUGAGAUGUGGAACAAACAGAGCCCAGAGGAAGGCAAAUUCCCUUCUGCAACACAUGAGCAAGUGCGAACACAUUCCCUGAAAUAUAUAAUAACUAAUUUUUCCUGCAAGGGCAUGGGAGUUCUUACCAUCACUUUUUGUUUCACUGUGGGUAUGAACCUAAAGUCAUGACAUGCUCUGAUUUUAUUUCUUGUGUGUGCAGACACUCGACACAACCUCAAUGUAUAGAUGGAAGUAUUAGUGAAAUUAAUAAAUUCACGUGCAUAAUAAUUUUUUU